AACACAUCUGCCGUAUCGCAAUUAUGGACGGCCAUCACCACAUGCCGCCGCUUGGCCAUGAGCCAUCGUCGUACCAAAAUGGCUAUAAUGCAGUUAAUGGGUUUGGCAACAUCCUGUCAAAUGGUGGCGAGAAUGAUAACUUUGCCAACUGGAACUUCGAUGCUGCUCAUAUCCAAAACCAAAAUCCUCCUCAAGCAGAUCCAUACCUGUCUUGGCAACAGAAUACUGGACUCGACGACUACAAUCCUCAAGCCUACACAAAGAGCCCAUCGAACCUCCAAACAACUCCAUAUAACGGCUACGGCAAUUCUCAACAAUUCUCACACUCUACCUACGACCCCUCAUUGGUGUCUGGUGCCACCAAUGGACCUUCUUCAUAUGGACUUGGUCCGUCUCCAUACGGUCAGUCACAACAGGUGCAGCAUGGCACUAUUGCCCCGCAAGCUCUAGAGCAUGAACGUGCUCAUGCUGUUCGACCUAGCCAGAUUCUGGAUCCUUCGUCAUACUCCCGUCCCAGCACUACUGAUCCUGCUGGCUAUACCAGAGUGAUUCCUCCGGCGCCCACAGCAGAUCAGACUGCUCUGCACAAUGCCAUCCCGGCCGGCACUCGCAUAGGAAACUUCUUGGUGAAAGAUGCCGCUCGGCUUAGCGAAGCAACAACUUCCACUCCGGUAAACGAAUUCGUCUUCGUUGGAGACAAAGAGGCGGAGCUUUCAAUCAACAGAGAAAAACUGAGAAAGAAGGAGAGAAAACCCACUGCGUUGCCUACAGGCCCAGGCUCAAUUGGCCGCUCAACACAGGCUGUCAAGCAGGAACACUCAGAUUCUGAGACAGAUUCAUCAGACUAUGAUUCGGAUGAUGAUUCUGACGAGGAGCCUGAAGCUUCUCCUCUUCCCGCGCAGCGAUCAGAUGAUCCUCGUGAAGGUGUCAAAUAUGAUACCAUCAAGGCUCUUUGGGAGAGCCGUCACACUAGUGUUGUCGCUGACAGGAUCAGAACUGGCAUGGUAGAAUUCAACGAAGUUGUGCAAACCGUGAAAAAUCGAUGGAAGGCUGAUUCCCUUGCGUUGACCGACGCGAUUGAUCGCAAGAGGAAUGGUGAAUUGCCGCUUUUGAGAAGCCGAGUCAACGAUCAACUUGAAAUGUUGAAAAUUGCAUUACAAACAACAAUGGAUCAUGGAAACAGGGACAUCAUGGCACAAACGUACGACGUGACGAAAUUGGGCAAAUGUAUCAGCAACUUGAGCAAAAAUGGCAACAAGGAAACCCAUGAUAUAUGUGAGCGUAUAAGGGGCAACGUUACUGGCGGGGCCGACAGUCAAGCAAGCAACGAUCAGCAACCAGGUGUCAAAUCGCCACCGAGCAACCGACCUACUCCCGAGCCUGUUGCUGGUGUCAAGCGUGCUGCUCCUGGCAGUGCAUCUUCUGACCAAGCCUCAAAGAGAGUGUCUGUGGCACCCACAACUGGCAAUGCCGCUGCGAAGACAUCUAUGCUCAAGCGUGUGCUCCCCGUUGGCAGUAAUCCAAAGCCUACUGCUGCAGCAGCAAAACCUGUCGUCGGCGCCACUGUCAAAGCAAAACCCGUUGUCACCAAGUCAGUCAUUUCUGCCUCUACGGGCGCUGGCGUCAAGAAGGCGGUCACCAAGUCCGCGACACCCUCUGUGGUGGCCGCUGCUAUCAAAUCUAUCGAGAAGAAGGCAGCUCCUGCAGCACCCGCCAAACCUGCUUUUUCCUUUGCCGAAACAAUGGCAAACUUGAACAAAAGCAAGGAGAAGGAACCUAGUCCCCUCAAGGCAGAAGAGAAACAAACACCUGAGACGCCAGAAGAACGGGCAAAACGUCUACGCAAGGAAGAGAGGCGCAAGCUUCGUGUUACUUUUAAGCCUGACAGUCAGCUUGUCGAGACCCGGAUCUUCCAUCACGACGCCGAGGAGGAACUUGGUCACGAUGCAAGCAUGAUUCGCGAUGUCAGCGAUGUUGGCGGCGAGGGUCGUAUGUUCAAGCAGCACAAAGACAUGAUGGAUAUUGAUGAAGAUGAUGACACUGCUGCGGGCGAAGAGAACCUUGGAGAAUAUGUCAUGCCAACACUGACCGAUUUCAGCUCGGUAGAUGUGGAGGAGCGAAAGAGAAAUUAUAGUCACUACGCUGGUGGUGAGCUCCAGCCAGAAUCUGCAGAACGCACCAAGCGUGAACAGUAUGAAGCUAGCACCUUGAUGGUCUUCUACACGGACCCAAGUGACAUCCCACCCAGUCCUCGAGAGCCAGCAGAGCCUUACAACGGCGAAGAAGUCACCACAAAGGCGUUCGGGGCUUUGGGUACCCAGGAGCCGCUUGCUUCGAGAAUUGCAAAGCUUGCUGGACCUAUUCAGCCUGUGCAGACACAACAGUCAAAUGCUGCACCUGAUAUCUCAGCGAUCUUGGCCCUGAUCAAUCCGCAAGGUCAAGCUCCACCUCAACCUGCUCAGCCCGCCCCAGCCUCAGCACCGGCAUCUGCACCUAGCCAAAAUCAAGACCAGAUGGCUGAGAUCCAACGCAUUCUGGCGUCCAUACCACAGGCAGCACCUCAGCAACAGCAAUCUCAGCCUAUGCACGUUCAGCAGCCAGUUCAACAGCCCCAACAGCCUAACAUGGCUCCGGAUCUUGCUGGCAUCUUUGCCAACUUGAACCCUCUGGCUCAAGCACCGAACAUGUUCGCUUCUACGCAGCAACAGCAGCCUGUCAUGGAUCCAAGCCCAGCUGCUUUUGCAGCUCUGUUUUCACAGCUCAAUCAGGGUCAGAACGGUGGACCGGGAGCUAACUUCAACCAAUUCCCUUAUCCUGGCGCUGGGUUUAACAUGCCCAACAUGGGACAAUUCCCUGGACAGCAGCAGAACCAGCAGCCUCCAUUUGAGAACGAAGAGCGUCGUCGCUGGCGCGAAGGCGGCGGUGAUAACAACAACAAUGACCACAUGCGCCGCGGCGGCAAGCCUGGAAAGAAGGUAACGCCGUUCACCGACAAGCGUUUCACAGUGCCGUGCAAGUACUUCAAAAAGGGACAAUGCCAGAAAGGAGACUCUUGCACAUAUCGACAUGAAUAU